AGCAAAGUUCUAGCUGAGACUAAGACUGGACUUCUACGUGUUCUGAGUAGACAUGGGCAUUGAAGACUGUGGGUCUCAUGUGAGGCCUUGGCUGACCCCAGAUUGAUGCUUAUGGGGAGUCCUUCAGCAUGGUGUCCUCUUCCCAUCCGCAUCAUGUCAGCUCCUGGGCACUCUGGGGCCCCCAGGCGAAAGCUGGUUCCUCAGUGUUCACAUUGCAGAAUGGCCUGGAAAAGGUUUCAAUGCACUGAUCACAUGUGGGCUGUGAAGGGCACAUGUGGCCUAUGGAGGUUCCCUGAAGCAGGAGCCAGCUAGAACUGUGCCAGGAGCCAUGUGUGGCCAGGGCCUCGGCCAGCCAGGGCAGCUCCCCUGCAGGAUACAUGGACCCGUGGUGGGGUCCACUUUUCAGGAUGGCAGGGUACCUGGCUCUCAGCCACCCCUCAGCCUCCUCUCACAGCUGAACUGGACCCAUUUUCAGUGGCAAUCAGCUCUGUCUCGCUCUAUCUACUGAUCUUUUGAUUGGGAAUGAUUUACUAAAAGGAGAAAACCGUUGUGUUGUAUGACGAGUUUGGGGAUCUUGUGUGAAAACAGGCGGCUGUUUGUUCAUUUGGAGGGGUUGGCAGCCAGAGGGUGAAGGUUUGUUUGGGCUCUGUACCUCGUAUCCAGGCAGGCAGAAUGCGACACCCAGCCUCUUCUCCAAGAGUUAACUGCAGGGAGGGAGCUGUGACGUCAGCCCUGAUCUUUGUGCCUCUCACUUGAGCAACCUGAUGCGCCUUCUCCCCCGGGCUCUGUGUUCAUUGGCUGUUAGCAGACCUGUCGUGGGAGGGUUUUUUUCUUCUUCUUCUUUUUUCAAUUAAGUAAAAGGGUGGGACUUAAGCAGCCAAUGAUAGCUGAGGCCCGGCUUGUCUUAUGCAACUUUCCCGGGACCGGCUGCAUUUAGAGAACUUGCUCCUGUGGCGAGGGCAGCAGAGCACCCAGCAGGCCGCCAGCAUGCUCUGCCUGUGCCUGUAUGUGCCGGUCAUUGGGGAGGCCCAGACCGAGUUCCAGUACUUUGAGUCCAAGGGGCUCCCUGCCGAGCUGAAGUCCAUCUUCAAGCUCAGUGUCUUCAUCCCUUCCCAGGAGUUCUCCACCUACCGCCAGUGGAAGCAGAAAAUUGUACAAGCUGGGGAUAAGGACCUCGAUGGGCAACUAGACUUUGAAGAAUUUGUCCAUUAUCUCCAAGAUCAUGAGAAGAAACUGAGGCUAGUGUUUAAGAGUUUGGACAAAAAGAACGAUGGACGCAUCGACGCACAAGAGAUCAUGCAGUCCCUGCGGGACCUGGGAGUUAAGAUAUCUGAACAGCAGGCAGAAAAAAUUCUCAAGAGAAUACGAACGGGCCAUUUCUGGGGCCCUGUCACCUACAUGGAUAAAAACGGCACGAUGACCAUUGACUGGAACGAGUGGAGAGACUACCACCUCCUGCACCCUGUGGAAAACAUCCCGGAGAUCAUCCUCUACUGGAAGCAUUCCACGAUCUUUGAUGUGGGUGAGAAUCUGACGGUUCCUGAUGAGUUCACAGUGGAGGAGAGGCAGACGGGGAUGUGGUGGAGACACCUGGUGGCAGGAGGUGGGGCAGGGGCCGUAUCCCGAACCUGCACCGCGCCCCUGGACAGACUCAAGGUGCUCAUGCAGGUCCAUGCCUCCCGCAGCAACCACAUGGGCAUUGUGGGCGGCUUCACCCAGAUGAUUCGAGAAGGAGGGGCCAGGUCACUCUGGCGGGGCAAUGGCAUCAACGUCCUUAAAAUUGCCCCCGAAUCAGCCAUCAAAUUCAUGGCCUAUGAGCAGAUCAAGCGCCUUGUUGGCAGUGACCAGGAGACUCUGAGGAUUCAUGAGAGGCUUGUGGCAGGGUCCUUGGCAGGAGCCAUCGCCCAGAGCAGCAUCUACCCAAUGGAGGUCCUGAAGACCCGGAUGGCGCUGCGGAAAACGGGCCAGUACUCGGGCAUGCUGGACUGCGCCAGAAGGAUCCUGGCCAGAGAAGGGGUGGCUGCCUUCUACAAAGGCUAUGUCCCCAACAUGCUGGGCAUCAUCCCCUACGCAGGCAUCGACCUAGCAGUCUACGAGACGCUCAAGAAUGCCUGGCUGCAGCGCUACGCAGUGAAUAGUGCGGACCCCGGUGUGUUUGUGCUCCUGGCCUGUGGCACCAUGUCCAGUACCUGUGGCCAGCUGGCCAGCUACCCCCUGGCCCUCGUCAGGACCCGGAUGCAGGCACAAGCCUCCAUUGAGGGCGCUCCGGAGGUGACCAUGAGCAGCCUCUUCAAACAGAUCCUGCGGACCGAGGGGGCCUUUGGGCUGUACAGGGGGCUGGCCCCCAACUUCAUGAAGGUCAUCCCAGCCGUGAGCAUCAGCUAUGUGGUCUAUGAGAACCUGAAGAUCACCCUGGGUGUGCAGUCGCGGUGACGGAGUAGGGAGGGCCGCCACGCGGUGAACUCGCUGAUCCUGGGCCGCUGCCUGGGGUAUGCAGCCAUCUCAUUCUGUGAAUGUGCCAACACUAAGCUGACUCGAGCCAAGCUGUGAAAACCCUGGACGCACCCGCAGGGAGGGCAGGGAGAGCUGGCAGGCCCGGGCUGGGCUUGCUGACCCCAGCAAACCCUCCUAUUGGUUCCAGGGAAGACCACAGGCAUUCCUCAGGGUCCAGGGUCAGCAGGCUCUGGGCUCACACAUGUAGGGACGGGACAUUUUCUGCAGUGCCUGCCAAUAGUGAGCUUGGAGGCCGGCUUAGUUCUUCCAUUUCAUCUUUGCAGCCAGGGGUUGGCACGGCCCCUGCCCUCUGGCCUGCCACGUAUCUCCCUGUUCCCCUCUGCUUCCUGCCUCGCUGCUGAUGUAAUAGGGUGGGAGGAGGGCUACAGCCCACAUCCCACCACGCAUCCAAUCCCCAAAUCCAUGAUAAAAGGUGAGGUCACGUGGCCUCCCAGGCCUGACUUCCCAGCCUGUGGCAUUGAUGCCAACUUGGCUGUGCCAGGAAGAGGAAAGGGUCUGGCCUUGCGCUGACUGGCAUCUGAGCCCUGCUGAUGGCUGGGGCUCCUGGGCAUGCAUGGGAGUGCAGGGGGCUUGGGCCGCCUGACUCGGCUGCACCGAAGGCAAGUGCUGGGGCUCACGGUGCUCCGAGCUGGCCCGGGCUCUGCCACGACUGGCACCAGCUCCAAACCAAACUCCCUGUCCCCGCCGUGGCCUGAGGGCAGCGGAACACUGUGUUUGAGGGAGAAGGGCAGAGCGUUUGCGUGUCCUGGAGAGGGAAGGAAAAGGUGUUGGAGGCCUUAAUUAUGCAUUGUUGGGAAAAGGGUUUUGUCCAGAAAGACAAGCUGGACAAAGGAGCGAGUUCUGUGCUUCCCAGAGGAAGACAAGGGAGCCGGGAGUUUGGCUGUCUGCUCAGAGUCUGUUCUGAUGUCCCUGGGGGUUCCUGUCCAACCCCUGCAGGGGCACAGCGGGACCAGCCUCACAUUCCACUCGUGUCACUGCUUGGAACCUAUUUAUUUUGUAUUUAUUUGAACAGAGUUAUGUCCUAACUAUUUUUAUAGAUUUAAUUAACAGCUUGUCAUUUUCAAGUUCAUUUUUUAUUCAUAUUUAUGUUCAUGGUUGAUUGAUUGUACCUUCCCAAGCCCGCCCAGUGGGGUGGGGAGAGGAGAGGAAGGAGCGGCCUUGGGCAGCCAUAGUCUCAGAAUUUCAGAGAAAUUCUUCUUGGAACUGAAGGCAGAGGAGCGGCCAGAAGGCGGCAGCCCUGGCUUCUUUCCUUUGGCAGAUUAGGGAAGGACUUGCCCCCGGCCCGGGGAGCCUUAGGAUUUCAAGGUUUGACUGGGAGCUUGAGGGGGGAUCCCCAAUAAACUUGAAGGUGGAAGUCCAGUCAUCUCCUGCCCCGGGGGGUUUCCGUAUUUCACCCUGAACGGCAAGGCAGUGAGGUGCCUCUCUGUGCAUUUGCGGUGGGCAGGGCUGGAAGAGAGGGUCGGGGGCUGGCUCCCUCCCUCCCAGCCUUCUGCUGCCCUUGCUCAACAAUGCCGGCCCACUGGCAAUGCCGGCCCACUGGCAAACCUUCAAUAGGAUGCAAAGAUCAAUGCAAAAAUUACUGUUCUAUAUGAAUAUAUAUAUAGUUAUAACUGGAAUCAUCAAAAAGCAAAUUAAGAAAGAAUUGGAAGUUGUCAUUUAAAGAAGCCUUCUAAUAAAGUUGUUUCAAAGCUUCU